AUGGCAGCCCUCAAGCGAAAGGCGAUCGAUGAUGUCGGACGUGCAGAGCGAGCAUCCAAGCGAUCGAGUACCGCUCCCUCUACGCCCCGCAGUCUCGAGAGCGAUGAUGACUACGCUGGCUCCGAUGAUGCUCCGUCAGAUGCUGAUGACAGCGAGCGCGAGCACAUUCAGAAGGCCAGAGCGAAACUAGACUUCGCUGCCAUUACACCGAAACAGAAGCACAGAUCAUCUGCCGCCUUUGGUUCCAAAGACUUUUCAUGGCAAAAACUGAAAGCGGAUCACGCAAACCGGCCCAUAUGGAUAGACCCUUCGGUCUCCGUUGGGUCACGAAAAGGUCCAAAGCUGACUCUCGAGAGCUUCUCUCCUCUAGCCGCUCAAGCCACUGAUCUGCUCACAACCAUUGCUGAGCCGCAAUCGCGACCCUCGUACAUGCACGAAUACCGUUUCACCGAGCAUAGUCUGUACGCCGCGCUUUCAGUAGGUCUCAAAGGUCCAGAUAUCAUUGGCGCCCUUGAGAAGUUUUCCAAAUCUCCUGUGCCCGAAACCGUCAUAGAAUUCAUCAAUAGGCACACCAAAACCUACGGCAAGAUCCGCAUGGUGCUUCGAGAUAAUCGCUUCUUUGUUGAGUCGGAAGAUCGAGAUCUUAUCGAGUUCCUGUUGAAGGACCCAGUCAUCGGACCAUGUAGCCAAGGUCAGAUCGAGUCUGGGACCCUGCAGAAACGAGCUGCUGUGAUUCAAGGUACCAAGGAAGCCACGGCUAUGCGACAAGCACAGAAUCAGAAUGAACCAAACCACUGGGAGUCUCGACCGCAGCAACAGUCUGUCAUUGCUGACUUGCUGGAUGAGGAGGGCGAAGAAGAAGAAACCCAAGAGAUUGUGAAUCAUUUUGAGAUCAAGGAUGGUCAACGUGAUACGGUUGCAAAGCAGUGUCUUGAUAUCGGUUACCCAGCCGUCAGCGAGUACGAUUUUGAGGGAGAUACCGUUAAUGCCAAUCUACCUAUCGAUCUGAAAGCCAGUACCUCGAUUCGCCCAUAUCAGGAGAAGGCUUUGAGCAAGAUGUUUGGCAAUGGUCGUGGCAAAAGUGGAAUUAUCGUGCUACCAUGCGGUGCGGGAAAGACACUCGUUGGCAUCACCGCAGCAUGUCACAUCAAGAAGAGCGUUAUUGUUCUCUGCACCAGUGCCAUGUCAACCCACCAGUGGGCCAACGAAUUCCGCAAAUGGGCCGAGAUCGAGCAACAAGACAUCGCCAUUUUUACUGCUGAUUCGAAAGCUACCUUCCCGCGGGAAUCCGGCGUACUAGUCACCACGUACAGCAUCCUCACCAGCUCCAGUAAACGAGCGUAUGAUACCAAUCAGGUGAUGGAGUGGAUUGAGAGCCGGGAAUGGGGUCUGAUGAUUCUUGACGAGGUGCACGUUGUUCCAGCUAAGAUGUUCCGGAAGGUCGGCAACAUCAGUGCGCACUGUAAGCUUGGACUCACAGCUACACUCUUGAGAGAGGACGAUAAAAUCGGGGAUCUCAACUUCCUCAUCGGACCCAAGCUCUAUGAAGCCAAUUGGAUGGAACUCGCAGAUCAAGGCCAUAUUGCAAAGGUGCAGUGCGCCGAGGUCUGGUGCCCGAUGUCCAUGGAGUUCUACCUUGAAUAUCAGAGGGAGAGCAACCGCAAACGAGCGCUGUACUACAUGAUGAACCCGAUCAAGUAUCAGGUCUGCCAGUAUCUGAUCGAUUACCACGAGCGGAGAGGGGACAAAAUCAUCGUCUUCAGCGACAACAUCUUUGCAUUACGCCACUAUGCUGUCAGCAUGAAGAAGUUCUUCAUUCAUGGCGACACCAGCGAAUCCGAACGCAUCGAUGUCCUGAACAAAUUUCAGAACGAAGAUAGCGUUCGUACUCUCUUCCUCUCCAAGGUUGGCGACACUUCGCUGGAUCUGCCAGAAGCCACCUGCUUGAUCCAGAUCUCUUCGCACUACGGCUCCCGAAGACAGGAGGCACAGCGGCUUGGUCGUAUUUUGCGAGCAAAGAGACGCAACGACGAAGGUUUCAACGCAUUCUUCUAUAGCUUGGUGAGUAAAGACACCAACGAAAUGCACUAUAGUGCCAAGCGACAGGCUUUUCUAGUCGACCAGGGCUACGCCUUCAAGACCAUCACUCACUUGGCCGGCAUGGAUAAAAUGCCUGGGCUACGUUACAAGACCAAGAGUGAACGAAUGGAGUUGCUCUCGCAAGUGGCACUGGAGUCCGAGACCGCCGCCGAGAUCGAGAAGGUCCGAGAUGACAAUCUGUGGGGUGGGUUGAAUGCAGCCAAUCCAGGCAAGAAGAAAGUCAAACGCCAAACCGGUCUUUUGGCUGAUGCUAGUGGCGGUGGAACGAUGGCGCCGCUGUACUCGGAGCGAAACACGCAGCGGGGUGGGAAGAAAGCCAAGGGGCCGGAAAGCGAAUGGUUCAAGAAGGAGAUGCGCCGCAAGGAGAAUGCUCGAAAGAGAGCCGAAAAACAGCAGGCCGAGGAAGGCAGAUGA